AUGCCUGAAAUCUACGUCUAUGCAGAACUCUUGCUGCAUAUCAGGCAGCUCACGCUGUAUGCAUCGCUCGAAGAGGAUAAAUUUCAGGGCACUGAGGUUCUUCUUUCGUCCGAUAAGAAGGUGAUCACAUUCAUCUACGGAGAUACCACCGCGAGCAUCUAUCUGCCGACGCAGAUCAAGGGAACUGCUAAUAUCACCUUUCCGGAGAAGCGGCGAACCGACUUGUCGACCAAACUGCAGAUUGAAGACUUGAAUGAGCUUCAACAGGCAAUCGAUGCCUCACCUGGGAUACAGGUUCCGUGGACGGCCGCCUCGCUAAGUUCAGAAGUUGAGCUACAGUGCAAAAGCUGCUCCAGCGUUGUGCUUGAUAGCGGCACGAUCUCAGAGUGGAGAGACCUCCCAAGUGAAAAUUGGGCGGAGCUGAUGGAUCUGUGGUUCUGCCACAAACCUCAUGAACACAACCAUGACGACACGUUGGCGGCGGAGUCAAAGGGCUUCUCGGCGCAGAGCAAGGUCAUCAACGAACCCCAUAUUGGGCUUGUUGAUACACUCUCGUUCUUGAUUCACGCUGACGAUAGCAAGGCCAUGCAGGAGGCUACUGGCGACGAUAUUGCCGAGCACCAAAGAAAGGCUUCGGCACUGACUUGUGGAGGCUGCGGCGCUUUCUUAGGCACACUCAAUGCUACAGAAGCCAGCCAUCGCCUAUGGAAGUCCCGACUGGCGUUAAAGGCACAACCGGAUGGUGAUCUUGACAGCUUUGAUGCUAGCAUUUUCAUCGGUGCACAGAUGCUGCAGCUCAUCGAGUCUAGCAUUUCGCGUCGGAUUGUGGUACAUGCAGGUGCUAGCGCCGGCUUACUGUGCUGGAUCUUCAAUCCCGAUCUGUAUUAUUCCAGCUCAAGGCGUGGCCCCACGGUCCAUCGCGCAAUGAAGGUAUUUUACAAGGAGAUCGACGACGCACUGAAGAUGCUGGACGAGAACAGCACCACGCUUGAAGAGCUGGCGCUUCCCGACUCUGAAUUGACGUCGCUGAAGGAGACCUUGACAGGCACGGCUGAUAUCUUGCCAGCGUCGGCAAGGACUUUCCAGGAAUGGCAGGUCGGGCUAAUCGAUCGCUACGAAGCUAAUCCGUCGGGGCUUGGGGCGAUGGACCAGAACGCGCUCAAUCGCAAAACGGACGAGAUCGAACUUUUCAAAUUGCCACCGGGUUGGGCAUCGCUUUACGAAUGA